ACUUGUGCCAACUCGCCUCAGAAAGUUACAAAAGAAGCAGGAGGUGGAAAGGGUGGGGGGGAUGAAAAAAGGUGGGAAAACACCCGGAUGGAAGAGGUGGCGCCAAGGGCAGCUCUCUCCCCACCCCCCUCUCCCCGAGGAAAGCCAACGGUUUUAGCGCGAGGGAGCGUCGCGUGCCUUCCCCUCCGCAAACACCUUUGCCCGCUUGGCGCUUCUGCGCUGAACCAACGCCCAAUCAGCCGAGCGCGCUGGGUCUCCCCGCCACGCCCACCAACGCACCCCCCCACCGCCUCUCUCGCACACGGUGCUCUCACCCCCCCACCUCCUCCUUCUCCUCUCACUCGACUUCUGUAAACUCUCGCCGCCAAAGCUCGCGAGAGGACAUGUCCGCGGCUGUAGCGUCCAGAGAGGAUUCACAUUGAAUGUAUUGAAACAGACAGGGACACGAUUUUAAGUGGUUAGUGGUGAGCUGUUUGAACACAAUGGAACACUUGGGAACAGUAGAGCCAGAAGAUGAUUCAGGAUUAUUACCACGCCUAGCACCUAGUCCACACAGUGAGGCAGUUGCUCAUGAAUUUCAGGAACUCUCCUUGCAACCCAUCCAAUGUUUGCCUCCCCUCAAUGAAAGGAAGAACGUACUUCAGCUAAGGCUACAGCAAAGGCGGACAAGAGAACAGCUGGUGGAUCAGGGAAUCAUGCCACCUUUGAAGAGCCCAGCUGCAUUCCAUGAGCAGAUAAAGAGCUUGGAAAGAGCCAGGACUGAGAAUUUUCUGAAGCACAAGAUACGCAGUAGACCUGAUAGAUCAGAGUUGGUCAGAAUGCACAUUCUUGAAGAGACCUUUGCGGAACCCUCUCUACAAGCAACUCAGAUGAAACUGAAAAGAGCACGAUUGGCAGAUGAUCUGAAUGAAAAGAUUGCUCAGAGGCCUGGUCCUAUGGAACUUGUAGAAAAAAACAUCCUUCCUGUAGACUCCAGUGUCAAAGAAGCGAUUAUAGCGGUUGGUCAGGAGAACUAUCCUCAAGGACUGGAUGAAUCCUUUGAUGAAGACAGCAGUGAUGCUUUAUCUCCAGAUCAGCCUGCUAGUCAGGAAUCCCAAGGCUCGGCAGCAUCCCCUGGUGAGCCCAAAACAAGAGAGGCACCAUCUCCAGUCUUGCCAAUCCCCACUACUAAUCAGUAUCCCACAUUAACACCAUCACUACCUGAAUUUCUGAAGCCGCCUGUCACUGAUCAGCACACUACACGCUCUGCAGCUGCUGCUUCUCUUACCCCAAAUACCGUGUUGGCAACAAAACUCAGCAGUGGGCCAACACUAAUAAAGCAACCCCACCCCAAGAACCCAAGUGACAAACCUCGGAGCAAGAAAAGCAAAGAGCCAAAGCCCAGAGUGAAGAAACUAAAGUACCAUCAGUACAUCCCACCUGAUCAGAAAGGUGAGAAGAAUGAGCCACAGAUGGACUCCAACUAUGCUCGCUUGCUGCAAGAACAACAGCUUUUUUUGCAACUGCAGAUCCUGAGCCAACAGCAGCAGCACUACAACUACCAGACGAUUCUUCCUGCACCACUCAAGCCAGUGAGUGACAAACAGAGCAACACCGGGAAUGUACCACUGAAUACUUUGAGCAAUAGCACAUCUUCCGCAGCAGCCAGCACUCUGAGACAGAACAAUAAUAUUUCCAACAGAAAACCUGGGCCCCUGCCUCCUAGCUUGGAUGAUUUAAAGGUAGCUGAACUGAAAAUGGAGCUCAAGAUAAGAGGAUUGCCAGUGUCUGGAACUAAAAUGGAUCUUAUUGAGCGUUUGAAACCCUAUCAGGAUCUUAACAAUAAUUCUAUCAAUGCUAGUCAUACAGCGGCAGUUACUCCUUCCACUAAUUGUACCAGCCAGCCUGGAGAAAUAACUGCCGUAUUCCCUGUUGCUACAUUAAACAAGCCAAUAGCUAGCUCAGUUUCCAGCUUUUCUUCAGAAACAACAUCUGGUGGAACUGGCGGCAAAUCAACACCUAUGGAAUGCAUCAACUCCCCUUUGCCCAUUUCCCCGUCUCCUUCAGAGCCAUCCAGUCUCAGCACGGAUGACACUAACAUGGCAGAUACUUUGACGGAAAUCAUGACCGUGAUGUCUCCAUCACAGUUCCCAAAUGCCUCACCUCCUCUUCGAGCUACCGCAAAUGAGGACAGUCACGGCAGUGGAAGCAUGUUUGGCAUGGAGCUUGAUGCAGCAGAAAAGGACCGUAAGCUUCAAGAAAAAGAGAAGCAGAUUGAAGAGCUCAAAAGAAAACUGGAGCAGGAGCAGAAACUCGUGGAAGUGCUGAAAAUGCAACUUGAAGUUGAGAAGCGGGUUCAGCAGCAGCAACCCCAAGCCUCAGCUAAUAUUACACUGACUUUGAAUCAGAAGCAUAUCGGUCAUGAUGUCAAAGAGGAAGGCACUUUAGCAGAUUGCUCUGAUGCAAAACAACCUGUAUCUGAAGCCAACCAUUCUUUAGGACAGCCAGCGUCAGUGGAUGUCCAGAACCUAGUUGCCAAAAAGGCUAUUGUUAUCAAACAGGAGGUACCUUUGGCCAAAGCUGAACCACAAAAUGUCAUAUCUCAGUUUUAUGUAAGUUCGCAGAGACAGCCACAAACUGCUGUUGUUGCCCAGCCUCAAGCUCUACUUACUGCACAAGGAACAGCACAGCUGCUACUGCCACUCUCUCUCCAGGGUCCAAAUUCUGCCACUUCAAUGCAACUACCUGUGGGCAGUAUCCAGGUACAGGCCCAGCCACAGUCUGGCAUUCCAGCCAUGGCACAAGUAUCUACUUCUGCUUUGUCCCAGAAAGUACCACAGAUGCACUCUUCAGCAUCCAAAGAAAAUGCUUCCCCACAGCAUGUGCUUGGUCACACCCCACAAAACAGACAGAUAUUUCCUCCUACCUCACCAAAUACAGUAUUUUCCUAUCAGAAUCAGUCUGUGACAACUCUACAGCAACCUUUGUUUAGUCAGACAGCAAAUACCACUGUUCACUCAGGGAACCAGAUGCCCUUGGUGCAAAAUGGACCCAGUGCUCCUCAGAAGCUGGCCUCCCAGUCUCAACCCCAACAGUACAUUUUGCAGCAAUCUCUGUUCAGCAAUUCAGUAACCAAGGCAAAAGACCCUCCACGCUAUGAAGAAGCCAUCAAACAGACCCGCAGCUUGCCUUCUCAACGAGAGAUUUCCAGUGUUCACAGCCAGCAAAUGGAUGACCUCUUUGAUAUUCUCAUUAAAAGCGGAGAGAUUUCUCUGCCUACCAAGGAAGAACCUUCUCUGAUUUCCAAAAUGAGACCCGUUACUGCCAAUAUCACCACAAUGCCAGUGAACACGGUGGUGUCUCGUCCGCCACCACAAGUCCAAAUGGCCCCUCCUCUCUCCUUAGAACCAACAAGCAAUUUCUCUGUAAGUCUGGAGAAUCAACUAGAAGCCCUCUUGGAAGGAACUCUGCCUUCAGGAAAUGGAAUGCCUCAUCUGGCAAGCAGUAGUGAGGACAGAGAGUCUUUCUCUCUAAUUGAGGACCUUCAAAAUGACCUCCUUAACCACUCUGGCAUAUUAGAUCACUCGCAGUCACCUAUGGAAACAACAGAUUCUCAAUUCACUGCUUCUAAUUCCUGUUUAUCUCUUGAUCUUCCGGACACAAAUUUAGACAACAUGGAGUGGCUGGACAUUACCAUGCCAAAUGCUUCUUCAGGAUUAACUCCUCUCAGCUCAACUGCCCCAAGUAUGUUUUCAACAGAUUUUCUUGACCCACAAGAUCUACAGUUGCACUGGGAUUAACGAAAAAGGCACAGCCUACUUGACCACGGUUUUUAAAGAUCCAUUCACAGCAUAGGUCCAUUAUUUCACUUUCCUUGUUUUCAGGGUAAUCUUGAAAAUUACCUUUAGGAUGUAAAAACAAAACAAAAAAAUGUUAGACAAAAAGCGUGAUUCCCCCCACCCCGGCAAUCAGUUAAGGGGAGGGGAGGGGCAGGGGGAGAGUGAGAUUGGAUCUUAAUUCAUGUAGCUGGGAUAAGUCAUAAUAAAACUGCACCUGGCUGUUGCUAUAGACAGCCUGAGACAGGCUUAAGCUGCCUUGUCAAAGCUCUGGCUAAGUUAAAGAAAACUGAUGGGAUUUGGUGAAAGGAUUGAAGUUGGCUAUAUUUGGACCCCUUCAUGAGUUUAAAAAGUCUUGAGCUAAUACUUUAGGGCUACCACAGUUAGUCAUUUUAAUCGGCUAGACUGAAAUGGUGACUUUGAUUAGUUGGGCAUCAAAACAAGUAAUCUCCCCCCCCCAUAGAAGUUCUUUUAAAAAAACUCUGCAAAUAGGAAGCACCAUUUUAGGAAUUCCCCUUCCCCAAUUAUGUGACAAACGAAAUGCCUCUUCUAAGGUGAUGCCUGCUGCAACAUGUUUGUGCAUCAUUAAAAACAAAGGAAAUAUAUGCUUUGGUCUUGACAACUAUUGGUUUUCUUAUAUGCAAAUGUAUGAUUAUUUACUAGGUUAAUUAAGUAAGGCUGUAAUCCUUCAUGGGGAAUCAAUCCCACUGAAUUCAGUGAGACUUACUUCUGAAUAAACAUGGUUUGGAUUGCGUUGUAAGUAAUCAAGUAAAACUCAAGAUUAAUCAGCUAAGAUUUCUUUGGCCAGAGCCUUAUUUAAUUUUCACCCAGAAGAAAUAUAGGAAGUGCAGAGACACAUACAUUAGAAACACAGUGAGGUGUGUGUUUUGCCCUCUUAUCAUUAUUUGCAUAAUUACAACCAACUUUACUUCUCUUAUUUUAUGUAGGAUAUCAUACAGGCAGAUUAAGAUGCACAACAAUUUUCUUUCAUUUGUUAGGUGUUCAUAAGCUAUUUGGCAAUUAAAAUGCAUGAAUUUGGAUCCAGGUGUGCCCUUGCAUAUGCAGAAGACAUCUUCCAUUUGUAAAAGGGGAUAUUUUACACUUUGUUCUAGAAUGUUUCUAGAGAAAAAUGAAACGAAAUCCAAAGAAGUUGGAUAAGAAGAGCUCUUGCAAGCUCUUUCUCAAGAACACUCUUACAAGCUGUUUCCCUUCCCCUCAUAAUUCUUUGAACCCAGCCCAUGUGCUGACUUAAUGUUAACACAUUCAAAAUUAACAAAAAUCCAUGUUUCCAGAUCCAAAUUCAGAACUAUCAUUGUCUUUUAUAUUAGGUCCAAAAUUUAAAUUACAAGAACACCGUGAGUGAGAAACGUACCAACGUGUGUGUUUGCCUCCUUCUAAAAUAUCUGAAUUUUCCACUUUUAAAAGAUUUUAAGUGAACACGUAACAGCGUGAAUGACAGUCACACGGAGGAGUUACCCAUCCCCUGCUGCCUGAGCCGUCUAACUGGAAAUGCCAGGGGUUGAACCUGGGCCCUUCUGCAUGCAAAGCAUGUGCUCUGCCACUCAUCUGCAGCUGAUCAUUUGUUUGGCAGGAAGAAUGAGGGAUGUUACAGUAUAGCUAGCCAUCUACUGUACCUGAACGUCUAUGGAUUAGGGCCCUAGAAUAAAAAAACUGUAUAGUUGGAAGAUACCUCAAGGGUCAUCUAGUCCAACCCCCUGCACUGAAAGAAUCCCAACAUGCGGUCCCCCAUCCAAUUUGAAACCCUACUGGACCCUGCUUAGCUGUGCAAAGCGGCUGGCAGUUUUUAUUGCUGCACCACUUAUAUUCACAGUACAUUUUCUAAGGCAACAGUGGAAUAGCAGCAUUUGGUAGAACUAUUUGGAUAUUGAAAUAUAUCAUCAAAAAAGUUACAGUUCAAAUGAAACUUAUUCCAGAAAGCUCUGUCCUCUUUUAACCAUGAAUAAAUAUUGGAAAAACUACAACCAUUCUACAAGGGUUGUGGAUUUCAAUGAAACUCAAAUGAGAAAAUAAUCUUUAUUGUAUGGUAGGCUUUUUCAAAGCAAGGUUCCUUUUUCAUAAAAAUUGCAGCAUAAUACUUAGACUUCUUUAGAAAAUUAUCAGAAUUAUAAUGUUCGUUACUCAUAACAUUUGAUCCCGCAUUUAUGACCUUGUUUUGUUAAAAAACAAAAGUUGUGAAUCCCUUAGAAUUGACAGACACAAGAAUCACUGAUAACAAGUACAGUCGAGUGAACUCAUAUCUGCAUAGCUUGGUUUAUUCAAUGUGCAGUAUUUUGAGCCAACAUCACAUUGAGAUUGCGUAUUUGCAAUUUAUUUUCUCUUAAAGCCACGACUGUGAAGAUGCCAAUUUAGACAGUGUGGUUUAGAGUUAACAUGGGCUUUCACAUUGUAGAAAAUAUUAGUACUGUCAGGGUAGCUUCACACCAAAAAUCAAAAUUAAAAUUAAUCUGGGACCUAUGUUUGGGAGAAUAUUCUUAUGCCACUUUGCCUGCCAUAGGUUACUCGAGGGUCAUAUUCAGCAAUUGGAUACAGUUGAAGCACUAGCCUUGUAUGUCAACACUAGUGUGGUAAGCUAUAUACAAGAAGGAAUUCCAUGCAGACGAGUGAAUGAGCAGAUCUAUGCAGAAGGGAUAGAGCACUCCUUCCUCUGCAGCCAGCAUAGGAAUGAGAAUAGGAAAAAGCGUAGAGAGAGAUUACAUAUCUUCAACUUUACCAUUCCGCUUCGCCAUCUUUGGAUGGAAGCUAAUCUUUUGAGGUGCUGAGUUAUCUCUCAGUGAGAUGUCAAGUUUCAUUUUCUCCCAAAAAGUCCAUUUGAGUUAAGAUGCUUAGAAUUCUGAUGGAACCUAUUCUGGGUGUAGUGGGAUCAUCUAUGACGUUUAAGCCCCACACUGCUGUAGGAAGUAUGUUUCCUGUGAUGUGCCGUAUACAAUGUCAUAGACCAAAGGAGAUAGUAAAAAGAUGGAGCCUGUUGUCUGUACCUUGUAUUCAAAAUGUUGCAGAGCCGAAUAGGUAUAAAUACAAAGUUUUUGGCAGGGCUAGAAUUCAAAGAGAAGAUGAGUACAUGCAAGAACCAGGCAGGAAAGCCUGCUGUCAAAUAGGCAAGCCACCAUUCAGUUUAACAGGCAGCUUGCCUUUUCAGCAAUGACAGCUGAUGCAAAGGAAGCUCUGUCUGCAUGUGUAGUUCCCAUUUGUGUGCAUCUCUUUGGAUCCUGGCACUAGGACAAAGGGGCAAAGGCCAUAACGACCUAGCGAGCAACUGGUUACUUGUGGUAUUGAUGCAACAGCUUAUAUCAUCAGGUUCAUAUGCUAUAGCUGUGCUUCACAAAUUUUUUGAAGUGGGGACCUAUCUGUAAACUUUUAGAGCUUUUGUGGACACCCACUUAUAAACUUUUGUGCCCUGCUUUCUCUCUGAUUUUUCCAAUCGUAAAUUCAGUUCUCCAUGUUUCCACAUUGGUUGUGAAUUUUCCCUACACCCUUCAAAAAAUUUUAUCAACAUUUUAAUGUGACACCCCCCCCCCAAAUGAACGUGUUUGUAUGCAACUUUGCCUAAUAAACUUUUUUUUUUUUUGCAAUUCAGUGUUCCCUAAUAAUGCAUUUUUGAAUGUUAUUUUCAUGAACACAUCCAUUUUUAAGCAGCCUUUACCCUAGUGUAUGCAUUUUUGUACACAUGGCAGGCGAACUGUAUUGCAAAAUUCAGAGAAGUGCAAAUUUCUUCGGAUGGCUUAGUUUUGGUUCAUGUAUUGUUUCAGAAAGUGUGAAUUAGGUAUAUCCGGCCUUACAUGCGAAGCAAAUCAAAUUUCUCUCCUUUCCCUACUUUUGACUCACAGUUUGAGAAGCACCUUGCUACAGCUAGUAAGCAACAGCUUAUAUCAUCAGAUUCAUCUACUUCCUUCCUUGGUUUAGAAUGUGCCACAGUUAAGCCAGUUUGUUUCUAUGGUGCCUCAGAUCUUUUCCUCAUCAUAUUGCUACAGUCUGACUGGGCUACUCUUGGCCAAUUGACAGACUGCCUGUAAAUAUAGCUGAAAAUUGACAAUAUUGUGCGAUGUUGCACUGCACAAAUAUUUCACGCUUAGUGUGCUACUGGAGCAUGUGCAAUGAGGAACAACCCCCCCCCAAAACCAAAUCCUUUCAGGUAUAUGAUAACCAGUGCAGAACUUUCUUCUACAAAAUCAUUAAGGGAUCAUGAAAUGUUUGUAAUAAAAGUAUUUAUUUUUUAGAGUAGGAAUGCGUGAUAUUUUCUGUGCAUUUCAGAAUAGAGCUUUAUUAUAAAACAUUUUUAAAUAAUGGUUUGCUUUUGAUCAUAUGUUCUGAGAUGUGCCGCCUAUUGUACAAUAUUUACCACUUGUAUGUGAACCUGGUAUUUGUGAAAAGGGGUUAUAUAUAUAUAUAUUGUAUAUAUAUAAAGUUGCUUGGGUAUCUUUUGUGCACUUGACAAUUUUUUGUAACACAAUAUCUUUAAAAUAUCUUUAUCUUUAACAGAUGACUUGGUCCUGUGACUGUCACUGCUAGCGUAGUCUAUUUCAGUGCAGAUUCGCAAUGUUUAUAGAAGUGCUAAAGGUGUCCUAUUUGCUUCAGUUGCAGAUACAUUGCGUUCACAUGUUUCUUUGUCCUGGUUUCUUUACUUUUGAGAGUGGCCCACUUAUGGGAACUUGAGGAUCUCCCUGCUUUGGCAGCUUUUGCCAUCUGGAAUGUAUAUUUUGGAGCCUCAAUUGCUGCGGAAGCUGCUGUGGCAGAAAUUCCAUUUUCUCCUGUUGUGCGUAAUACAUUUUCAUGAGUCAGUGCUGUGAGGUGGAAAAAGAAUACAUGUGGAUCAGCCCAAGCCCCACUGACAGCAAAGAAUGCCAGAGAAUUCUGACAAAAACAGAAAUGGAAUCAGAAAUUGCCACUGUUCUCUUACUCAUCCCAUGUCUGGAACGGAAAUCCUUCCAGUGCAUAAGACUGGUAUUCCUUGUUGCUGUUUCAGUCCGCAAAGGACAUAUACUUGAUUAUGCCCCAGUCCCCAUUUGCAUUUCCUUUACAUUGAAAUAAUCAGGGUAAAAUGACAUAUAGGCAACUCCCAAUUUACGCGGGGGUUACGUUCCCCAGGCACUGUGUGUUUAAGUGAAAUGGUGUAUAUUUGAAACACCAUUAAUAAAGCCUGCACACACCCGGUUCUGUCCCCUUUUUGUGACUUUUGGGGUCACUUCUAGGUUCAAUGCAAUCACGCACAUAUCAGGUUGCUGCCUGUUGUGACAAUAUAUAACUUACGUAGUUUACCUAAUUAUGUAAAUUAAGUAAGUUAUGUAAUUUUGCCCCAGCAAGUGUUGUUCUGGGCAGAAGACGAACAGCAGUGGAAUGGAGUGAAUGGAUGGAUGGAAUAGGAAAUGAUGCCUUCUUCCAUCCCUGCUGUUCUUGAUUAAACUGUACAUAGGCUGUCAGUGUAAUCCCAAGUUAACUACUAUUCCACAUCUUUCUGGAUGAGCAAACACUUUAAUGAGGGGAGGCUAAUGCAAGGCAGUAUUAAAUGUCACAUUUUGAAAAUCAAAAUGGAACUGCACUGUCAUAUUGAUGAGAAAUCAUUGUUGCCAGUUCCAUCCCUACUCGUUCCUUUCAAACAAGUACGCUGAACUAAGAAAUUACAAAGAUGUUGUAAACUACGAUUUCAGCCUGUAUAUUCCAGUUGAGGGGGAAUCAAUUUUUUCAGCUCAGAGAGACUCAAUGCUGCAACACAUUUUGCAGUGUAUUCUAAAGUGUAAAGUUAGAACUUUAUAAAGGUAUAAAGUUGCGACAAAUCUCAGCAGAUAUCUUAUUUAACUGCAUCUUGAUGUUCGAAAGGCAUUCUGCUCUGGUGUUGCCAGCAGCGCAGUGCAGAAUGUGUAUGAACUAAUGUGUAAAUUUUGGCUAAACAUCUGGCAAAUACCAUGAUAAUUACAAGGAGGGAUUCAACAAUGAAAGUGCAGUGAUCUGUAAUGGUGACAUGUAUGCUUUUCUAAUGAAACCAGGAAACCAGCAUUUUUACAUUUUAAGUUUUGCACAUGAUGCAAUUUAAAAAGACCCAGAGCCUUAAACAAGUGACAAUGGGAAGAACCAAAGUAUUGCUACUUCUACUGCCAAGGAGCACACCCUUUAAUUAUAAGUGGGGGGGGGGAUUGCAAGUUCUCCAUCAUGCCCCCACCUCAAGUUUUCUCCAUGGACAUUUUUUGUUUUAAAUUGAAGAUGUAUAUAUUUUUGAAGUUGCUUUUGUUUUGGUGUCUAGCAAUACAGAUUCCUUUAGUUGGUUGUGAAACUGAGCUAAUAAGUGCAAAUCCCCACGUAAGGAGUGGCACGUCUCUUUCUUUAUCUCAUUGUAUUGCUUGCGGUAGAAAUCGUGCUUGGCAUGAUAGGUGUCUCUCUUCUUUUCAUAGAAACAAUUACGUCUUAGCAUCUCACUUUAUGGAGAAAAAGAGAAAACGGAUACCAAUUUGUACAUGCCUCUUCAUUUUAAAUACUAGAUUAAAGGGAAAAAUAAACAUAUUAUGGCAAGCAGAGCAUCCUGUGGUGUGUUGCCUUUGUAAAAGAAACCAAGAUGCCUUUGUAUUUGCUGUUUGCACCCCUAAAAUCAAUUCCAUAUGUUGAUUUUUUUUGCCAUGUUUUGCACAUUGUACUGUAUAUACGUAUUGCAUACUGUAUUUUUAUAUGUGUAGUACCUUCAAGCAUAAAUUUUGUACAUAGUGGCAAUAUUGUAGCUAAGGAGAAGAUGUUUAUCUCAGCAAUUUUGCAAUUUGUGUGUCAAAAUAAACAAGUUAAUAUA